GUAUUUUAUCCUUGCCCCGCCCCGCCCCCUUUUCUUCCCUCGCGAGCCAAUCGAAAGUGGAAAGUCAGAUGACGCGCCGGGUUUUUUUCUUCCUUUUUUUUUUAAACGCCAUGGAGGCGGGGCUUCGCUCUGGGGUUUGUCUCGCGCUGGCUUAAGAAGGCGGGGUGGGAGGUGUACAGAGUAAACGGAGUCCCGAGAGAGAGAGGGAGAGAGAGAGAGAGAGAGAGAGAGUCGAAUAUAAAAAAAGAAAAGAGGAAGGGGCGGGAAAGAGGUGGAUGAGAACCCGCGCGCCUAACGGCUACUAACGACCCAACGCUCAACCUGCCGGAAGCGCAAGCGCCGAAAGAGAGGGGGGGGAGGGAGAAGAGGAAAGAAACGGACACGCCCCCAGCUCGACCGUCGUCCCAUUCCCGGCCAGAGAGCGCGGCGAGCGGUGGCUGCCGUGGAAGCCUGCCGUACCUCUCCCCCCCCCCCCGGUCUUCGUGCCCGCAGAAGAAACCCAGGAGGGAAGAAAUGGCGUCCUCGCCGGUAGCGGCGAGUGCUGGGACGCCUCUCGACCUGUCCGGCGGACGCCCGUCGCGGCUGGGGCAACUCCCGGCGGAGCUCUUCCGCUGCUGGGGCUGCUUCAGCUUCCUGGGCGAGCCGGUGACGGCGCCGUGCGGACACACCUACUGCCGCCGCUGCCUCCGGGAGAGGCUCCACGCCCAUUGCCGCCACUGCGGGGAGCCGCUGGCGGGCACCUCGGUCGCCGUGGUCCUGGCUCACUUGGCGGAGAAGUGGUUCCCGGCGGAGUGCGCCCGCUCUCGGACGUGGCGCCGGCUGGCCGAUUUGCUGAAGCAAGGGCGGCCCCGCGAAGCUCGGGAAGCCGCCGACCAGGCGCUCCGAAAGGAUCCCAGUGAUUUAAUGUUAAGAAUUUACAGAGCUGAAUCUUAUGCUAGUCUCCAGGAAUUUAAAUCUGCACUAGAUGAACUGAAUGCUGUUACUGCUAAAAUACCAAAUUGGCCUGAGGUAUAUUUCAGAAGAGCAACAAUACUUAAUAACGCUGGUUCUGUAGAAGACGCCUUAAAAGUCUUUCUUCAUUGCCUAUCCCUUGACGAUGGAUUUGUUUUAGCAAAAGUAGAAGCAAAAAAGAUAUUGCGUAAUUUGCUGUCACCAGAAAAUAUUAGUGAGAAGUUGAAAGAAUCUGCUUUAAAUACUUCAUAUGUUCGAAGUAAACAACUUAAACACAGCUCUGCAUUUGAAAUGGAAGAGUCUUGUGAUUUUUUACAGCUCACCCCAGUGUCAGUCUCAGAAGUGCCACAAGUUACAUUAGACACUAUUGGAGGAAGUUUGCAACGUGCCCAGUCUGCAAAUUCUCUUGAUUCAGUAGAAAAAGAUGCCAAAGACGAUAUAUUAAAAAGAGUAUCUUCUGAACCAUGGCUUUCUGGCCAAGAGAAAGAAACUCCAAAAGGGAAUGCUACCUUUUCAAUCACUUGUGGAAUAGUUCCAGAAAAUUUGGUUGAUGUAACAGACUUUGAAUGCUCAUUGUGUUUGAGGCUUUUCCUUCAUCCUGUGACAACGCCCUGUGGCCAUACAUUCUGCAAGAACUGUUUACAACGCUGUUUGGACCAUGCUCCAGAGUGUCCCCUCUGUAAAGACAACUUAAAAGAGUUUUUGGCACGUAAGGAAUACAGCACUACACAGUUGCUAGAAGAACUAAUAGUGAAGUAUUUACCUACUGAAUUAUCCGAGAGAAAAAGAAUUAAUGACGAAGAAAUAGCUGAACUUUCAAGUUUGACCAAGAAUGUUCCUAUCUUUGUUUGCACUUUGGCCUACCCAACUGUGCCUUGCCCCCUCCAUGUGUUUGAACCAAGAUAUAGACUGAUGAUUCGAAGAAGUAUAGAAACUGGAACAAAACAAUUUGGGAUGUGUGUACAUGACCCCCAAAAUGGAUUUGCAGAUUAUGGCUGCAUGUUGUACAUUAGAAAUCUUGACUAUCUGCCAGAUGGAAGAUCUGUUGUCGAUACAAUUGGGUUAAAGAGAUUCCGAGUUAUUCGAAGAGGGAUGAAGGAUGGUUAUUGCACUGCAGACAUUGAGGAUUUAGAAGAUAUAAAGGUUAAAGAUGAAGGUGAAAUGAGGAAACUCCAAGAGCUCCAUAAUAUUGUUUACAACCAGGCUUGUAGCUGGUUUCAAAGCUUAAGAAAUAAAUUUCACAGCCAAAUACUUCAGUACUUUGGUCCAAUGCCAGAGAAGGAAGAAAACCUGCAGGAAACAGCUGAUGGACCUGCGUGGUGUUGGUGGCUUCUAGCUGUUCUUCCUGUGGAUCCUAAAUAUCAACUUUCAGUGUUUUCUAUGAGGUCUUUGAGGGAACGUUUGAUAAAAAUUCAAGCUAUAUUGACCUAUUUUUCCAGAGAUCAGUCCAAAUAAUUAAUGACCUGGACCUUAAUACAACAGUAUGGCUGUAACUUCAGCUGAUUUUUUUUUCUUGCAGAAUUUGCACUUUUAGUUCUGAUUUGAGAACUAUUAGGAAAAAUUUUCCUAUAUCAGUAGUUGCUCAGUUAGAAGGAUGCCAUUAAUAUUGCACAUACACAAUUAAUCUAGCAGCAAAAUAUUUAUUUGCACUAUAAUACAAAUGGAAUGUAUCGUAUUAUUGUCAAAAAAAUUUCCACUGAGUGGUGGAAAGUGCAAGAUUUAAAAUUUGUCAGUUCAAGUUUACAGUAUUAAAGACGACUUCAAAAUCUUGCAAAUCAGAAAUUGCCUCAGCUACAGCACCUUGUUGCUAUUUGCACAAUUAUUUAAAUGUAUUGUCUAUUUGUAGAGCAAAAGUCUGUUUUAAGUCUUUAAUUGUAAAUUUGGCACAAUUUUUUUGUGAAAUUAUUAUAGGAAUUUGGAGCCAUGUUAAAGAACAGUUGAAAAAUAUUUCAAGAAGCUGUUGCCACUGUGACAUAUAUCGUGAGACUAGAAUUAGACAUAGGUGACUAUGUUAUUUGGAGUUAAUUAAAAGAUUUAAAUUAAGAGCCAAGGUGGCGCAGCAGUUGGAGUGCAGUACUGCAGGCCACUUUAGCUGACUGUGUUCAGCAGGUCAGCGGUUCAAAUCUCACCGGCUCAAGGUUGACUCAGCCUUCCAUCCUU